AUGAGAAAUAUCCUUGCAGUUUGUUGCUGUUGGAUUUUGAUCAGUGAAAGGAGUUGUGUGGAGGGACAAGUGGAUCCGAAUGGGCUGUGGAGACAGAUAAUUCAGUGGGAGAAUAACGGGCAUGUGUACAGCUUAUUGAACAGCGGUCCGGCUUACCGACCGUCCACCCGCCUCAGAGGAGCGGGGCAGCAGAGCAUCUACCUGAGCAGCAAUGUCGAGAGCCCGCAGAGAAGCAGCCGGGUUCCCGCUCGCUACCCUGUCAACGCCGUCCCACCAGGGAUCGUUCCGGAGCCGCGGCGGUAUCCACAGCGCCCGGGGAGGACGGCUACAUCCCGCCACUUUCAGGGAUCCCGGGCUGUCAAUUUAACGCAAGGAAUCCCUUGGGUUGGACAAAGUCCCCGGACCGGCUACAGCCUCGUCUCACCGGGGAUACGGACGGCAAGUGCCGGCAGGUCGUCCGAAAUACAGUCAGACGAUCCGCGGAAUCCCUUCGAAAACGCUAACAGCGUGUUUUACAAUUUCCAUUCUUCGUCUUCACGGUCUUCCCGGCCUGGGAACCGGAGGAGGAUGGGCUAUGGGACCAGAUACUUCCAGAACGGGCUUCCUGACUUAGUUCCUGAUCCCUAUUACAUUCAAGCUUCUAUAUAUAUCCAAAGGGUGCAUAUGUAUGCACUGAAGUGUGCAGCUGAAGAAAAUUGCCUCUCAAGGUCUGCAUACAGUCCCAGAGUGAAUGACCUCAGCAUUAGGGUACUUCUGAGGUUCCCCCAAAGGGUCAAGAAUCAAGGAACUGCUGACUUCCUCCCCAACAGGCCACGCCAUACCUGGGAAUGGCACAGUUGUCACCAGCAUUAUCACAGCAUGGAUCAGUUUAGCCAUUAUGACCUGUUAGAGGCGAUCUCACAAAGAAAAGUAGCUGAAGGACACAAAGCUAGCUUCUGUCUAGAAGAUACGAUGUGUGACCCUGGCAUUCAAAGGAGAUAUGCAUGUACAGCCCAUACUCAGGGAUUAGGUCCUGGGUGUUAUGACACAUACAACGCGGAUAUUGAUUGUCAGUGGAUUGACAUUACAGAUGUUGCUCCUGGCAACUACAUACUGAAGGUUUCAGUAAAUCCAGGAUUCUUGGUACCAGAGUCAGAUGUAACCAACAAUGUGGUUAGAUGUGAUAUACUUUAUACUGGGAGCUAUGUGUCAGCCAGAAAUUGCAGAAUUACAAGAUUCUGAGGAUGAGACCCAAUGAAUGGACUCUAUAGUCGGUCAGAAGUGUGUGAAAUCUCCUGCUUUUUGCUUUAGUUUUGUGUUUGUAUUUAACAGUUUUAUGGUGGAAGUGAGCAAUUUUAUUCCUGCUUCAGAACCACGACAUAUAUAUGUCAACUUACAAUAUUCAUUACACAUCUGCAGGGAGUCUUAUGAAAAACUAGAACUAAAAACAUAGAAUUAAUCUAAUUUUGGGAUUCCAGAAUCAGGAUCUAUCUUGCUUUCUGUCUGUCUUUUAGCUCCUGCUGCAGUUUCCCUCCAACAAUCUUUAAUAAAUGAAGAGAGCUUGUCUUUAACCAAAAUUUUUCUUUUUUGCCUGUUCUGAAAUUUUGUGACAUAUUGACUGGUAACCAAAAGCUUGUCAAAGAAGAUCUAACUAUCCAUUUUUAAGAAAGUAAAUGUGUUUAGCUUGCUCCAUUACACUUCCACCCAAUAACUAUUCAAGGUAUCCUGCGGAAUUGGAAGACCGAUGUUCGCUGAAUAUCAAAUGCACCAAGUUAAUAGAACCUGGCCCCCUUGCUGCAAUUCCCCAACCAGCGAGCUCUUGGUUUGAACAGUAAUAUAUACGGCAAUCAUUAAAAGGCUUUUUGGUAUUUUGAGUGUUCAAGAGUCUUGGAAAUGGUAGUUAUUUUUAACAAAUUGAGAUAUUUUUGCUAAUACUUGGAGUAUCCUCCUCUCACAAAUUUGAUAUCAAUUUUGUUAUGGCAAGAAUUUAAUAUUACUUUUGAAGUGGUCCCAGAUCCUUACAAUUAUUUAUUAAUCUCCUUUCAAGUACACAUUCAACUUUUAUUUCCUCAUCCUUUUGCAGUCUUGAAGUGGUUAAUAUGAAAAUUGGUACUUCCUAAAAUUAUUUCCUCCCCUUCACCCUCAAGUUUUCAAACCAUGGUUGUUCAUGACAUAACACAAUUUUAUCUCUUUAUCUUUCAUCCUUUAGGCUGGCUGGUGGCGUAGUGGCAUCAGUGCCAGACUUUGGAGCGAAGACUCCUGAGUUCGAACCCAGCUGGCUCCCCAGGCACGCUUUCCAUCCGUGCUGGGUUGAGUGUCGAGCUAGUAACUUGACCUCGUAAAAAAGAAAUUGCCUGCUAUAGAAACAUCAACAGCAAAAAGUUGAUGGCCUAUUCUCUCUCGUGAGUUUAAAAGGCAAUUUCCUUUUUUCCUUUUCUUUAAUCCUUUAGCUUGAUAUUUCAAUUUAAAUGAAACUUUAUUAGCUAGUCUAGUUGGACAAUCUGCACCCAUUCAAUCCUUCAAGAAGUUCUCAUAAAGUUUUUUUUUGGAAGGAAAUUUGAAUUCUUUGAGCC